CGGAUUUGACUGGGCUCGGUCCCGUCGCGUGCUUCAGCGAAUGGAAACCUAGUCUUCAGGUGUUGUUAUAGAAUAUAUAAUAGUUUAGUGCAUUGUUCAAAUUAUUUUUCAAGAUUUCUUUUCCCGUUUUCUGUGGAGAACAGCGGAGGGUAGGUCAUUUGUUAGAAAAGAGCAAAAGGGGUGGGGGGGCAGGGUCGGGAUGGGUCUGGAAUGGGCUUACUCGUUCAUUGGGGCGGUGGUGUUGCUGCCAUCGCUGACGUGGCUGAUGUCGGCGGCACUGUCGCCCAAGCGCAUCAAAUUGGCGGGAAAGCACGUGCUGAUCACGGGCGGCUCGUCGGGUAUCGGACAUGCGAUCGCCUUGUGCGCGGCAAAAGAAGGCGCGCAUGUUUCGAUUUUGGCGCGCGAUGUCGAUCGGCUGGCUAAAGCGAAGCAGGCAAUCGAGGAGGCAGCUAUGUCCUCUGCUUCCUCCUGCUCCUCGUCUUCGUCAUCGCCGCCGCCUUUGCAGAGGAUAGAAGCUGUGUCGGCAAAUGUCUGUGAGUGGGAGUCGGUGAGCGAGGCGAUCUGCAAGUGCGUGGAAGCUUCUGGACCGUUGGAUGUCCUGGUCUGCAACGCGGGAACAGCGAGGCCAGGCGUUUUCGAGACGGAAUCUAUCGAAACGCUCAAGUAUCAGAUGAGUUUGAAUUGGUUGGGUGCCAUCCACACCAUCAAGGCGGCAUUGCCAUAUCUGAAGCAACGUGGAGAUGAAUGUGAAGGAGAGAGAGGAGACAAAGGACAGAGAAGAGAGGGAGGAGGAGGAGGGAGGAGAGGGCGGGAAGAACCAGGUUGCAUUACCAUCGUUUCCUCUCAAGCUGGACAGGUAGGUGUGUACGGGUACUCAGCGUACGCUUCUAGCAAGUUCGCUCUACGAGGGCUCGCUGAAGUGCUUCAGCAGGAGUUGGACUGCUACAACAUCCGUCUGUGUCUUGCUUAUCCUCCAGACACGGAGACCCCCGGCAUGAUCGAGGAGGACAAGACGAAGCCAGAACUGACCAAGUACAUCUCAGGCACGACCAAGUUGUGCCAGCCAAAGGAGGUAGCUCACGACAUUAUCGAGGGGAUCAAGUCUGGUCGGUUCAYYGUGAGCACGGGGUUCGUUGGGGGAAUUCUGGCCACAGCCACGGCGGGGAUGUCGCCUCAGCCCUUCCUCGUCUCGAAGGUGACGGAGAUUCUCUUGAUGGGUGUGACUCGGUUAAUUGCUCUCGUAAUUCUCAGCGAUUGGUAUGGGAAGAUUGCCCAAUGGCAUAGUCAGAAAAAAGGAGGAAAGUGAGUGACAAUGGAGUACUGGUAGGGUACGGAAACACACACCACAGAGAGGGAAAGGGAGAAGGGGAGGGAGGGUGAGGGCGAAGGGAAUAGUGUUUUCUGUGUUUGCGGAUGUGGUUUUUUUUUUUUUGUGUGUGUGUGUGUGAGAGAGAGAGAGAGAGAGAGAGAGGGAGAGAGAGAGAGAGAGAGAGGGGCAGGCAUGGAUGAGGAGCAGAGAGAGAGAAAAAGAUGACCGUUCAAAUUGUGAGUAAAUCCAUCGUGAGCUCGAAUCCUCUCGGAAUCAGAUUGAUUGAUUGAUUGCUUCCGUUAGGGGUCAAUAAUGGUGGUUAGUCCUUAAAGCCUGAAGAAAAUCGAAUUAGGACUGCUCAAGUGUAGUCGCAGGUGUAAUACCGAGGCUUCUCCUGCAUACGGUGCGCGAGUACUGAUGCAUGUGUGUGUGUGUGUGUGUGUGUGUGUGUGAGAGAGAGAGAGAGAGAGAGAGAGAGAGAGAGAGAGAGAGAGAGAGGUAAUGGGACCGUCCUGGGUCCUUGCGCCGAAUGGUAGGGCGAUCGACCCGAGGAAUAGCUUCUUUUUGUUUGAACUAUUAUCUUCAAUCGGAUGGAUUUUUUAAAUAUUUUUUUAGUAGUAAAGCUAAGCUAUAUUCUUCUCUCAAUUUUACCUUUCACUAUCUACCUGCUACUACUUCUAUGCCAAUACAGGGGACCCCUGCAAGCAUAGCUACCUCUCUCACAAUGAAGGGGGAUGCAUGUUGUCCCCCGCCCUAAUCGGCGGUGGUCAGGGAGUAGGGUGGGGCCGGCGCUGUGGGGGACCGGCUAACGUAAAGACCGAGCAUUUUGGCAGUAGCUGCGCCUCCCAUCUCCCAUCUACUUCCCCCAAGCCCCAUCAAGUCGCAGCGGUGUCUAAGGCCAACACUCUCCCACACACCACACACACAACCCACAACUCACUCACACUCACACUCACACUCACACCCCUGCUGGUCAUAGACCCUACUAUAACACCGAUCAGGGGUAUCAAGCGGACUAUCACAGUCGGUUGGCACUAAGUGCGUUGCAGGCGGUGGUGGGGCUCGAACCCACGACCUCCUGAAUGCCACAGUCCGAUGGAUUUUUUUUUUUCCUGCAGGGAAGGCUGUGUUUUUUUACCGGAUUAAUUGUAGCUGGAUUGAAAUUUUGAAUUUAGUUUUUUUUUUUUUUUCUCUAUAUGCUGGGACAUUCGUAGUUUCUAAUCAAAAACAUAAGUAACAAUAGCGUAGGAAAUGAAUUGAAUGGAUUCGG